CCAUCGAUUCCGCUGUCCAGGAGGCCUGUUUGAGUACGUUUGGCGCUAUGCCGGCGGACAUUCGCAGCUUUUUUGGCGGUGGCGCGCAGUCGAGAAGUCAGGGGAGCCAGCAGAGCCAAAAGCCGCCUUCGAAGAAGGUAGAGACCAGUACGAAGAAGAAGCCUGGCAGGCCCGCUCGGAAAAUCGUUGAGGACUCUGAUGAUGAAGAGGAAUAUGAGGAGAAGCCAAAGAAAGCUACCCCGAAGAAACCGACACCAAAGAAGCAGAUAAAGCGAGCCCCAUCUCCGGAAGGUGAAGCGACCACUACAUCAGAAUUCUUUGGUAGCAAAAACAAGCCAAAGCGGUCCGAGGUGCCCACACCCUCGAAACUCAAUGGCAAAACUACGAAAGCUCUACCAGUUACACCGUCUACCAAUGGCAAAACCUCUGCUCGGGCAAAGAAGCCAGUCACGUACGCUGCGCUGAAAGACGAAGAUGAGGACUUCUUCGACGACGAUCUCGAUGGUGGAGACGAUAUAUUUACCGCUAAUUUCAAGAAGAACGGGAAGAGGGACGAUUAUGUUGAGAUCGAGGAUGAUGAGGAUGAUGAUCCCAUUGUUCUGCCGGUUCGUGCCACUCCGAAGAAGAGUGCCCAGAAGAAGUCUAUCAAAGAUGAGGAUGAUUUCGAGCCCAACGAGGAUAUCGAUAUGAAGGACGCAGACCCGGAGGAUGAUGAGCGUAUAUUGGUCGACAAGCCUGCGAAGGCCAACGCGAAGAAACCUCGUGCUACCCUAAAGCGCAAAUCAGUGGAACUUGACGAUGAGGAAGAAGAACCUCCGAAGAAGGGUCGAGGUCGGAAAGCUCAAGACGCCAAGAAGUCACCCGUAAAGAAGAAGGCGAAGAAAGAGGAUGCUACCGAGAGCUCUGCAGUCCAGGCAAUUUAUGACAGCAUUCCACUCGUUCGCCCCCCAACUCCACCCCCCCAGAAUGAAGAAGCGGCUAAAUUCAAAUUUGGUGGAGGCAACCAAGGUGCUCAGCCCACUGGUGGUAGCAUGGAAAUGCCUACUGGAGCUGAGAAUUGUUUGGCUGGCUUGACUUUCGUCUUCACUGGGGUCGGUCAGUUUUGGCAACGAGAAGAGGCGCAAGCCCUGGUAAAGAGAUAUGGUGGCAAGGUCACCACAGCGCCGAGUAAGAAGACGAGCUAUGUGGUACUCGGCAGCGAUGCGGGACCGAGCAAACUUCGUAAGAUCAAAGAGAACGGCAUCAAGACAAUCGACGAGAACGGACUUGCGGAGCUAAUCCGUCGCUUGCCUCCAAACGGCGGUGACGGGAAAGCGGCUGCCGAGUACGAGAAAAAGCUAGCAAUUGAAGCAAAGAAGAUCGAAGAGGCUGCGGCUGAAAUGGAAAGAGAGGAGCGAAAGCAGGCAGCCCAGCGGAAGAAGGAUGAAGACAUCAAGCAAAAAGCGCUUGGUGGAGCGAGCGCCAGCAAAGCGCCAUUGCCUGCCGCUAAAGGCAAUGAACCGGAGGUGGACAGUAGGCUCUGGACUGUCAAAUAUGCACCGUCUAGCCUUGGCCAGAUCUGUGGCAACAAGGCACCAGUCGAGAAAUUGCAGCGUUGGCUCAACAAAUUUCAGAAGAAUCAGAAAACGGGCUUCAAAAUGGCUGGUCCGGAUGGUAGCGGCACCUUUCGAGCAGUCAUCAUUCACGGACCACCUGGUAUUGGCAAGACGACUGCAGCACAUCUGGUUGCGAAGCUAGAAGGUUAUGAUGUUGUCGAAAGCAAUGCUAGUGAUACCCGAAGCAAGAAGAUGGUUGAAAAUGGUCUCAAAGGAGUCCUGAGUACUACAUCUCUCCUGGGUUACUUUUCUGGUGAUGGGAAGCAGGUUGAAGCGUCCAAGAAGAAACUGGUCCUGAUCAUGGAUGAAGUCGACGGAAUGUCAGCUGGAGAUAGAGGUGGUGUGGGAGCUUUGGCUGCUGUUUGCAAGAAGACUCAAAUCCCGAUGAUUCUCAUCUGCAACGACCGCCGCCUCCCGAAGAUGAAGCCUUUUGAUUACUGCACCUUCGAUCUGCAGUUCAGACGGCCGACUGUCGACAACAUUCGGUCGAGAAUCUCCACAAUCGCGUUCCGCGAAGGCUUGAAGCUUCCGCCGAACGUCAUCAAUGCACUUAUCGAAGGCAGCCACGCAGACAUUCGACAAGUGGUCAACAUGAUAUCAACAGCCAAACUAGACCAGACAUCCAUGAAUUUCGAUAAAGGGAAGGAAAUGUCUAAGUCCUGGGAAAAGCACGUUAUUCUUAAGCCGUGGGACAUCACGAACAAGAUCCUUGGCGGCGGCAUGUUCGCCGAGAGUAGCAAGGCAACGCUUAACGACAAGAUCGAGCUGUACUUCAACGACCACGAGUUUAGCUAUCUCAUGCUGGAGGAAAACUACUUGGGAACCAACCCCAUGCGAGCCUUGUCGUAUCAAGGGCGUGAGAAGAAUCUUAAGCAACUGGAACUUGUCGAACAGGCCGCAGAGAGUAUCAGCGAUGGUGACCUUGUUGAUAGGAUGAUUCACGGCUCACAGCAGCAAUGGAGCCUCAUGCCAACGCACGCCGUUUUCAGUUUUGUCCGGCCAGCCAGCUUCGUUUCGGGUAGCUUGGCAGGCAACCAAACUCGCUUCACGUCCUGGCUUGGGAAGAAUAGCAAUCAGCAGAAGCUCACCCGUUUCGUCAAGGAGAUCCAAGGACACAUGCGACUGCGGUCUUCCGGUGACCGCCAUGAGAUACGGCAGCAGUACAUUCCUGUACUCUGGGAGAAAAUGGUCAAGAAACUCCAAGUUGAAGGAAAGGAGGCGGUGCCAGAAGUUAUCGACCUCCUGGAUAGCUAUUUCCUCACUAAGGACGACUUCGACGCAAUCAUGGAGCUGGGAGUUGGGUACAUGGAUCAAGAGAAGGUGAAGCUGGAGACGCAGGCGAAGGCUAGUUUCACGAGAAUGUACAAUCAACAGUCCCACCCGCUUUCAUUCAUGAAAGCGAGCUCGGUUGCGGCGCCCAAAAAAGCGGCGAAGGAAAAGCCGGAUCUUGAGGAGGCUAUCGAGGAAUCUGACGAGGAAGAGGUUGUCGAGGAAGCAAAGGACGAUGACGACGACGCUGAUCUGAGCAAGGAUAAGUACGUCAAGCAGCCGAAGAAGAAGAAGGCUCCCGCUGGUAAGGGUAAAGGAAAGAAAGUGAAGGAUGAGGACGACGACAUGGAUAUCGAUGAGGACGUCAAGCCGAAACCGAAGGCGAAGGCAAAGGGACGCCCGAAGAAGACUUGAGUCACGUUGAGUAGGCGCUUUCGUUAUGUCGACUAGCCGGGAUGCCUUCUCUCUCGAAGCAUAUUUUCUGGGUAGCUAUGUCGUUAUGGUGGUCCUUUCUGCAGCAUAUUUGGCGCUUAUCUGCCUUGCGACAUCAUCUCCUUGUUAAGGAUGGGCUGACAAGAGGCUGAUGCGAUAUCUUGUAUAGUGUCUACACUAUUCGCACUACUCGCAAUACUCGUAGGAUAGGCCGUUAAUCUUGAAUACCUUUUCCAGAGCCUACAUUGCUUCGCUCAACAUGAC